AUGGCAAGCACUGCAAAAAAUCCGCGAGCCAUCGAAGCCGCAAAAUCACUCCAUCACGUCCCGUGGUGCGAAGACUACGAACGAAUGAUCUCCGGCAUGGCCUAUAGUCAGUUCGCACCUGAAUUGAGCGAUGGUAGGCUUCGAGCACGGCGGCUGGCCAAGAAGUACAGCGACUACUUCCCAGACGACGCAACUUCGCAAAGCCUGGCCGAGGACCGUCAAAAAAUGCUCGAGGUGGCCUUUGGCAAGAUUGGGCCGAACGCGACAGUAGAGGGGCCCUACGCGGUGGACUACGGCAGCAACAUUUCAAUUGGGGCCGAUUUCUACGCAAACUUCAAUCUGGUCAUCUUGGACUGCGGCCUCGUCACAAUUGGCGAUCGAGUCUUCCUUGGUCCAUCUGUGGCCAUCUUCUCGGCAACGCAUGAGACAGACGUGCAGUCGCGACGGGAUGGGAUAGACUUUUCCAGAGAGGUGACGAUUGGGAACGACUGCUGGAUCGGUGGGGGGACCAUCAUACUUCCCGGCGUCACGAUCGGAGACGGGUGUACUGUCGGGUGCGGCAGUGUAGUGACCAGAGACAUUCCACCCUUCAGUGUGGCCGUCGGAUCACCGGCGAGAGUCAUAAAAACGGUUGCGCAUGUAGAAGAGCUCAAAAGGGGAGUAUCGAUAUUCCAGAACCGACAUGUGGACGGCGAUACUAGUUUCGGGGCGCUUGAUCAGGCACGAACAAGGACGCUUGACAGUGUGCAGAGUGAGGCUGGGGAAAAAGAACCAUCGAGGAUCAUAUAA